GGAUAGCAAUGAAGUAGCGAAUGACAUUACGUGUAAGCCUGCGCAGCGCGAGCGCUCUGGCGUGCGCUGACACAAAGUCAGAAUGCUGAACGAGCGCUAUUUGGCGGUGGUCACCACGGGCAUACAGACGCUAUGCAUCAUCGGGGCGGGCCGGUUAGCGGCCAACCGCGGCCUGUUCGAGCCAACCUCGGUCACCCGCAUACUCAACCGCUUCGUUGUAGUCGUGUGCCUACCGGCGCUCCAGUUUUGGCUGCUGGCCAUUAAGACGGACAUGCGCAACAUGGAGCAUUGGCGGGCGGUUGGAGCCUUCAUGCUGUGGACGCUCCUUGUGCAACUGGCGUGCACGGCGUGGGUGAUCAUUUUCGAACGCGGCAAGCUAAGCAGGAUCGGCGUCCACAGCCUGGUGCUGGUUGCCAACAACACCGGCAUCUUGGCCCCAGUGGUGUUGGAAGCGGCGGUGGCGCCAUCAGCCGCCGCCAUUGGCAUGCUCGCCACAAUCGUGCUUUACUUCCAGCAGCUGCCCACUGCCAUGGUGCUGUUUGAGUUAGACCGUAUUGCAACCAGCAAGGGUGCCGCUGCGGCCGCUGCCGCGGCGGCGGCGGGUACGGGCGGAGGGGCCCUGCACACGCCAGCCGGCGCCGAUGCUUCGGCGCUGGAUGCGACAACGUCGACUUCAUCGCUGGCCAAGUGGCUGCGGCAGGCGACGGGGCCGGGCGGCGAGCGACAGGCUGCGCUGCAGAAGCCCAUUACAUUGGUGGGGAAGGUUAGCGGCGGCGGCACGGGGCAGGCGGCGGCUGGCGCAUGGCCAUCGCCGGUGCAGGCUGCGACGGCGGCGGCUUUGGGGCAGUCGCCGGCAGAUGCACGAUUGGGCUUCAGGGACGGCGAGGAGCUGCCGCCCGUGGCACGCGCUCGGGGCACGGCUGGCGGUGCUGCGUCGCGCACGCACCGGGCGUCUCCACUAGUAAGGCAAGGCGAGGAUGAGGCGGGCGGCGGCCAGGCGGUGCUUGUGUCGGGACGCGACGUGGGGGUCGUGUCGCGAAGUCGCGCACACGGACAUAGCGGCGGUAGCGGCGCCGCUGCCGAAGAUGCUGGGCUUGCGGCUGCGUCCCAGGUGGCCACGGCAGCGGCAGCGGCUGGGGUGCAGGUGGUGCAUGGCCAUACACCAGCGCGCCCCACCAUGGCGAUGCCCACCCACAAUCCACAUUUCUACUCGCUUCCCACGUCGGGAACACCCACGCAACAUCACAACCCAUACCAGCACCCGAAUGAGGGCGGUGGGCACCAACACCUGCCCCUGUCCUACGCCGGCGCCGCGGCCGCGGCUAUCUCCGCCGCCACAUCCACCGUGGCCACGGCCACGGCCAGCCCCGCCGCCAGCUCGCCGGAGCGCAGCUCAGUGUCGUUCUUAAACCCGCCGCCGCCGUCGGAGCCGCCGCACGAGCCCAGCCUGCGGCACGCGGCGCAGCUGGUGCUGUCCAAUGCGCUCAUGUGGACCACGGGCGCGGCUACGGUGGUGUCCAUGCUGGGGCUGCACGCGCUGCUGGACCCGGCGGAGCCCACGCACAUACCGCUGCUGGGGUUCGUGGAGGGCACGCUGGCGUGGCUGGCGCGCUGCUCCGUGCCCGUGUCGCUGUUCGCCAUGGGACUGUGGGGCGCCAGCCGCGCCGCCGAGACGUCCGGCAGUGGCAGCGGGCGCGGCUGGAUCGUCAAGACAGCCGUUUACCUGGCGAUCAAGCUGUUCCUUCUGCCCUGGGUGAUGGUGUUUGUGAACAGCCUGCUGGGGCUGGGCGGGCGGCUGGGGCGGUCCAUGGUGGUGCUCACGUGCGUGCCGGUGGGGCAGAUGGCGUUUGUGGUUAGCGAGCAGUACGGCGAGGGCGCAGAGGCGGUGACGGGCGUGAUGCAGGUGGGGCUGCUGCUUAUGCUGCCGCACGUGGUUGCGGUCAUGGCGGCGCUAAGAUGGCUGGGGCUGUACGAGGAGGACGUGAUGAUGAUUCGUGGGCGGUAGCGGACAUACAUUAUAUGUGCGCCCGGACUGUGGGCUGUCCUCAGCAGAAGUACGC